AUGGACGACUCAGAACUAGCAGCUAUCCGGGCCGCGAGAUUGGCCGAGUUGCAGAGAAACGCACAAGAGGCCAAAGAGCGACUCUCCCGUGUCCGAAUGGUCAGACCAGAGCGGGUGACAUCGGUGGAGAGCUAUCUGCUGAGACUAUUCAAAUCUGGAGCCAUUAGAACAAAGAUUUCGGAGAGCGACAUUGUGGAGAUUCUGGAAAAAGUGUCCAAAGAGGAAAGGAAGGGCAACGAGACCAAGAUUGUGUUUGAUCGCCGCUCGAACCAUUACGAGGACGAGGACGAGGGCGAAGAAGACGAUUUUUUCGAUUAA